AUGCCUGGAGACCAGGGCGACGCAAAUGAGUUUCCGACAGGAUGGAACUCUUUGAAACCCUUCGACGAGAGAGAUACGAAGAAUGCGAUACCGGGCACAUACUAUGUCGCAGGGGGGGAAACAAAGUACCCCCCUGACCCGGACACGGGCACUCCGGAGCAGAAGGCAACAGCCCGAGACAAUUUCUGGUUUAGCACAAUGGAAAACAAUGUGACCGACGACGGAAAAAAGGCAAACAUGGUUUUGAACGACGAUGAUAUCAAACAACUCACUAGUCUCCAAGUUAUCACUCAUUCUAGGAACGAGAAUCUUGAAGGCGGCAACGAGACUGGAUCCGGAACUUGGUUUGUCGUUGCAAUCUGUGAGAAGGAUGGCAAAACCAUCAAGAAACUUGACAACGGCCAAUCGUUGUCGUGGCUCAGCCAUAGCAAUUGGUUCAAAACCUCGGACAACGGAAACGCAUGGUGCCGAGGCCGAAUGUUUACGAGAGAUGACGAGAUAUUCAAGUAUCUCAAGAGCGGGGAUUUUAUUUCUGUCUGGAUGUUUGCUGGCCCCAACCACAGAAAUCAUGCCGGCUCGGGAUACUUGGUUUUGGGGUUUGGGAAUGGACCCGAGACAUACAAAGUACCCAACCUCCGGCUCUCAUCGAACAACGCACCUCUCAUCUCAGUGUAUGCCCAGAAGCGCCAGGAAUGCCUCAUGAUCCCAGGAGACGGCUCUUCGACUGAGGUCAAGGCAAACAUCGUCCAUGGCGGAGUUGAUCUCAUGUAUCAGCUCCUGAAGAAGAGUGAUAAUGACUGGAGAGUAAAGAAGUAUUCUUUGGGGUCAUUCAACCAAGAUGCUCCUGCGCCACCCGUCGAUCCUUCUCUCCCGAACUUUGAUUCUGUCAUUGAACUGGCCAAGGGGAAGAAGGGCGAAACCCCUUCCCUGCGAGUUGUCAGGCAUUCUGCCAUCAAGAAGAAGGGCGGCGACAACGAUGCCGACAACGAUGCCGACAACGAUGCGCCCCCACCAAAGAUCGCCGUCUGGGAUGACUCUGGAGUCAGCAAGGAGGUUAAAGCCCAGGAUCAUGACGCAGAAAUCCUGAUUUAUCAGAUGCAUGCGCCUCUCUAUUCUGGGCCGCUUUGGGGCAAACUCACUACAAACGUCGGCCGGAAAAUCCUCGCAGAGAAGCUAACAGCCCUUAAAACGGCCAAGGCCCUUACAGAAGGCGGCGACCAGGGAGCCUUUACAGACGCCGACCAGCAAGCCCUUUCAGAGCUCGAAGGGCAAGUCUUGGCAAAGGCUGAAAAGGAGAUCAAAGCCAGAAAUCAAGCGAUUGAAGAGGCCGAGUUGGAAGACCGUAAAAAGGCCAAACUGGAAGCCUUUGAAGGCCUCGCACAGAAAGAUCUUUCAACCAUCGUCGUGAUUGACGCGAACGAUCUUCGCGCCGAUGGAAUUCGCAUCUCUCGUGGCAUAUCGUGGGAGAGGACGAUGGAGGAUUGCAAGGACAAUAUCGACAAAAUCUACGCCAAGAUGAAGAUUGACCUUGGACAAGGAACAGUCAACGUCAUGGAACACGGGGUGCACUUGCUUGUGCGUUUCGGAUAUGAAGGUGUCCUCCACCUGCGACCAAUCAAAAACAAUCAAGAGCAGCCAUUCGUCUUCCACAUGGUGCCGAACAUGGCGGAGGGUGACCUCCUGCGGCCCUACCAUGGACGGAUGUCAGGCAUCCACUUGGCGUUUAUCACCGGGCUAGCUGCAUGUCUCGCCAGACAGCCAAAGGCACACCUUUCUGAAAUGGGCCGUACACAGAUAGGGCUGGCUAUCGAGCUUGCCAUCGUUUGGUCCCAUCGCUUCGCAACCACUGGCUUCUACAAGGAUGCUGGAGGGCGUCUGAACUAUCCCAAAGCCAAGGACAUCAACAACUACAAAACUCCCAAGACCAAGGUCAUAUAUGGCGACCAAAAUAUGGCCAAAAAAGAGAGCAAUUGGUCCCUUUUCAGUAUUCUUAAGCAGAAGCGACACCCUGUCGCUGCUGAGGUUGUCAAGCUGGGGACAGAACGCCUCGAAGCCAGCAUCCCAACUGCCAAGUUCGGCAAGGUACAGACGGCGGAUCGGAUAGAGAUUGAGGGUUACCGAUCUACUGCCUCUGUGAUCCAUGAGUAUCUGAACAACAAGGUUAAGAAGCCGCUGUCGAUUGCCGUUUUUGGGCAGCCAGGUGCUGGAAAAUCCUUUGGCGUCAAGGAAGUCAUCAAGGCAGUGCUCAACAAAGACGAGGACUGGGAGCCGAUCGAAGCCAACCUUUCCCAGUUUUUGCAGUACUCAGACCUGGUUCACGUUUUCGACAAGAUCAGGGACACUUCACUGAAGGGCGAGACUCCAGUUGUGCUGUUUGACGAAUUUGAUUCCGCCUUCAAUGGACCGCUGGGCUGGCUGAAGUACUUCCUGGCGCCUAUGCAGGAUGGCGAGUUCCUGGACUCAGGCUUCGUACGGCCACUAGGACGAGCCAUCUUCAUCUUUAUCGGUGGGACCUCGAGCACAUUCAGCGGGUUCAAAUAUGGCACAGAGGCGAGAGCCAGAAAGAUGGAAGCCGCCGAGAGAAAAGCCCGUGAGAAGGUAGCCACCGAGAAAAAAGCCGUCGAGGAGGCAGCCGCCAAGCAGGCAGCCGCCAAGCUGGCAGCCCCCAACAAGCUGGCAACCGCCCAGGAGGCUGCGGCAGCUGCCCAGGAGGCUUCCGCCAAGGAGGCAGUCGCCAAAGCCGCCAAAGCCGCCAAGGAGGCAACAGACGCGAGGAUAGCCGCCGAGAAGCACAUCCGCAACCUGGCCGCCAAGAACCUGACCGAUGACGAUAAGAAAGCAAAGAAACCCGACUUUGUUAGCAGAUUGAGCGCACACAUCAACGUCAAGGGACCGAAUGAAAGCGAUGACGGCGACGUGAUGUUCGUCAUGCGACGGGCAAUGCUGCUUCAAGGCCAGUUGGGAAAGCACUUCAAGGCUCAUGUCAAGGACAUCCAUGUGGAUGAGACUGUUCUCAACGCGCUACUGAAGCACAAACACUUCCCCAACGGCACUCGCUCGAUUGAGCUGAUUCUGCAGUCAAGCACAAUAUCUAGCGGUCGCAGAUUUGAGUCUUCCGAUCUACCCUCGGCUGAACAACUUUCCAUGCAUGUGGGUGACGUUGUAGCCUUUCAUACCCUGAUUGACGAGCCGAUUGAAAUGGCAGCGGUCCGUCCGGUGGAUAUCGAUUUGUACAACAAGUUGAUGUGGGCUAGGCUGGAGAAGGACACUGACUAG